AACAACUACUAACAUCAACAGACUUCUAAGGCUUGGGAAUGCUGUGGGAAAACAUUGACAAAGCCAUGUCCAAAAUACUUCAGAUAAGGGCGUAUUAGUAGUUUGAGACAAUGUAUUUCAAGCUCUUGGUUUGCGUUCCUGUUUUUCUCGCAUUCACGGCGGUCUGGUGCUCUGCGAACAAGACUGCACCAAAAAGAGAAUCGAAAAACAGUCGGGAAGAAGCUAAGGAAUUAUCUAAGUUUGUCAACGACGUUUUAAAAACGUACGACAAGAAACUCCGACCAAAUGCUGGAGGUGAGCCUGUCGAGGUCUUGGUGGAGACAAAAGUUGUUUCGUUUGGAGAGCUCAAAGAAGCUAGUAUGGAGUUUUCUCUGGACGUGUUUUUUCGCCAAUGGUGGUAUGACCCACGUUUCGCACAUAACUUCAGCAUUCCUUUCAACAUGGCUGCCGAUGCAACRAAAAUCUUCUGGACACCAGACACGUAUUUCGUGAACGUCAAAAAUUCCAACUACCAUCACGUGACCAGGGAUAACAUGAGGGUUAAGAUCGAACCGAGCGGUAGAGUGUACUUUAGCACAAGGAUAACAAUUGUCGCACAAUGUGAGAUGAAUUUUCGUUUGUUUCCCAUGGAUACACAGCAUUGCGCACUAAUUAUCGAAAGCUAUGCUUACACAGCAGCCGAAGUGAACUAUACUUGGAAGAAAAAAGAAGGAAGUAACGGAAUUGAGAUUGUAUCGCAACAAAUGUCACAGUUCAAUUUAAAAGCAGUCAAAACRGAGACUAAGAAACUGUCAAAAUCGUCAUCUUUUGCAAGUCUCAAGGUUGUUUUCUCCUUCCAGCGUCGACUGGAGUUCUUCAUCUUCUCAGUKUUCACCCCAGCAGUCAUCCUAGUUAUCUUGUCGUGGUGCUGUUUCUGGAUUUCUCGACAAGCUGUUCCUGCUCGCGUCUCCCUUGGCAUCACUACAAUACUGACAACAAUUCUCUUAUCUAGUGGAGUCAAUCGAGACAUGCCAAAGGUUAGCUACAUGAAAUCCAUCGACUAUUUUCUUUUGACAAACUUUGGGUUUAUCUUUAUGUCGUUCUUUGAGUUCGUCAUAGUGCUCAAUACCAAUCCUUUACCCUUGUGGUGGAAGAGAUUUAUCAGGAAGUUCGGUUUGGAUAAACAGACUGUUUUAGAAGUCAUCAAAAGCGAAUCGUCCCUUCCCGCCGUGGAAGGUGAGAGGGCUGUGGUGAGRAUCUUAGCAGGAAAGCCUAUAGCCCGUCAGCGCAGAACAGACUCAAAUGCAAAUGGCAAGGGUAAAGCAAAAGACGYUCCUGCAUUGCCAGUUCACUGGGUAGAUUACGUAUCAAGAGUGCUUUUYCCAUUUGGCUACUUCACUUUCCUKGCAAAUUAUUGGAUGGCAUGAUGUACMGCGAUACCCUCUUUCUUCAAGGCAUCUAUACAUGUGUUUGUUAAAUAUCAAAUAAAUGUACUUAUGAAUAUUAUUUAUUGAUUAAUUAGAUAAAAGAUUGUUUGAUAGCAAAAUUGUUACAGUACGUGCUUUCUUGCUUCGCGUGACAUAUUAUCCUAAUUUAUGCUGUCAAAAUGUUCAGGUAUUUUGUUAAACGUUUGUUUCUUAAAAUACAGUUCGUGCGAUAAUCUUAACUCAAGCUUWACUUAAGCUUUAUCUACAUGUUUGUAAAUGAAUAAAAAAAGUGAAUAAAACUAUGGUUUGA